AUGCGGCGUUGGGCAGCUGCCUCAGCAUUUGCCACCCUGCUCCUGCUGCAGGCUGCUCAAGGGCAGCAGGGCACUUUCUAUGGAGUAAGCGGCGGUAAUGCAGGCCCACUUGGCGGUUCACAAACAACCACCACUGGCGGUGGCGGUGGCGGUGGCGGUGGCGUAGGGGCCUUCCCUGGCACUCGAUCUAGCCGCAGCAGCAACAACAAUGGGGACUCUGGAGGCGUCUCAACAAAUGCUGGAACGAGCGGCAACACACCCGCAUUUCCCACCGGGGCCACCGGGUCAAACAAUGGCGGCAGCUUUAUAUCUGGGGGCAGCAGUGGUGGGAGCAGCAAUGGAAAUGGCGGCAGUUCUGACAACAGUAACAAUAAUAACAACAAUAACGACAACAGCCGCAACCGAAACUAUGACAGAUUUGGCGGGUGA